AAACCAAUCCAAGAAGAAACCGAGAACCAUCUCGAGAACUCGGCGACGAAGAAACCCUAAACGCGGAGGCCGAGCAAUCCCAAGCUUCAGCUUCGCCAUCAAUGGCGAUCUCCAAGCCCUCGCUUCUCCCUCUCCUUAUCCUCACCAUUUGCCUCCUCUCCUUCUCCGCCACAUCCCAAUCCCUUGAUUCCACCUCGACGUACGAUGGUCCAUGCCCUGCUCUCUCCGCCGGUGCCUCUUCAUGCCCCAUCCGAUGCUUUCGUGCAGACCCUGUCUGCGGCGCCGAUGGGGUCACUUACUGGUGCGGGUGCCCUGACGCUGCCUGCGCCGGCGUGGGCGUUGUUCACACGGGACCCUGCAAGGCAGGAAGCUCCUCCGCUGGGCUUGUCCCUCGUGAGGCUCUUCUUCUCAUUCACAUCACCUGGCUCUUCGUUCUCGGCUUCUCCUUCCUCUUCGGUCUCCUCUGAGUCGCUCGUCCGCUGAUUGCGGAUAUGGAUCUCUCAUUGUUGAGCAUCGUCCAUCGCCACCACCUCUAUAUAGAGAAGCAUAUUACAGUAGCUAGAGCUGCAAUAACAUUAUAACAAGCAACCAUGUGAGCUUGAUGGAAUUUAUGCAAUUGUAGUUAGAGCUGCAAUACAAAGUAUAUACUCAACAUGCUUACCUGAUAUAAACAACUAUUUUUUUUUAUUUAUCUUUCAAUGAUAGAAUUUGUACA